CAAUUGGUACCUGUACCAUCUCUGUUUUUCAUUGGCGAUAAUGGUACACCGUUGGAAAUUAUUGCUGGCAGCACAACAGCAGCUGAUUUAGCUACUAAGAUUGAUUUAGUUUUAACAAAAGCAAAAAAAAAUAAAAAUGCCUCCCUUGAUAUGAUAGAUGCAGAACAAAAAGCUACUGCUGCCAACAGUGCUAAUAAUGUUAAUAUAAAAAUUGAUAUAGAUACAAAAAAUGAUAGCAUAACAAAAUCAAGUGUAGAAGUACCAUUAGCUCCUAGUGUAGAAGCUACAUCAGAAGAUAAAAGUAAUAAUAUAAUUAAGAAUGACAUUAAACAAGAACCAUCCACAAGCUUGGAAACUAGUGAACCACCAGAACCAGUCAAUGAAACAAAGGAGACACCGAACAAAGAAUCAACGUCAGAAGAAAAAAUUAAAAAAACACAGCAGCUAAUAGAGUUACAAAGAAAACAACGUAUAGAAGAGGAAGAACGGAAAAAUAGGGAAAGAGAAAUAGAACGCCGUAAAAUGGGUCGCGAUACGCGUAAACUCCGGCAACAGCAGCAAGAUCUAGAACUGAAACAAGCUUAUGAAGAGAGAAUGAGAGAGAAAGCUGCUGAUGCAGCGGCUCGGGAGAAAGUUUUGCAACAAAUUGCCCAAGAUAAAUUAGAAAGGAAACAAAAACAAUUAGCAAUGCAACAGCAACAUGGGCAGCAAGAAUGUAAUUCAGAAUCGUCUGAAUCACCGAUAUCCACUGCAACUGUCAGUAGAAUACAAUUCCGAUUGCCAUCUGGUAAUCCUUACAUUACGCAGUUUGAAUCAUCAAGUACUUUGCGUGACUUACGUACUUACGUCGUUCAGAACAUUAAUUUACCAUUUCGUCAAUUUGCGAUGUCAACCUCUUUUCCAAGACGGGAGUUAAUGCAUGAAGAUGAUGAUAAAACUCUCUUAGAAUUGGAAUUAGUUCCUACAGCAGUCAUUCUAAUCCUGCCUUUGAAAACUCCGAACAUCACAACAACUGUAACAACGUCUACGUUGUCUACGCAAGAUGUUAGUAUCUUGCCACGGUUCGUUUGGUCUACUUUUGCGCUUUUCACAGCUGUGUACUACUACCUAAUAGGAUAUUUCACCAGGCGCGGAAACACCCCGAAACAACCAAGUAAUUCCGUUGAAAAGAACGAUACAGAGAACAUUGCAGAAAAUGCAGUUACAGCAAAUCUUCAGAAUGUUGCUAGUUCAUCAAGAAGAUACUUGGGUAAUCCUAAAGGAAAUACAACCAUCAAAACUGAAGGAAAUGUACAUAGACUACAUUCAAGUGAAGAUGACGAUGAUGAGAAUAAUACAUGGAAUGGUAAUUCAACGCAACAAAUG